UGCACCCAGUAAUAUGUGUAAAAUAUGAUAGAAAAUCAUCUGUGCAAGAUGUAUGCUUUUCCUACAUGUCCCCUGUCCCGUGCUUCAAGAGCUCUGGGGCGAUGGAGAAAUCGCCCCAAGAAGGCGGGUCUAUGUAACUGUUAAGCCAAUUACUAAUUUAAGAUGUGAACGCAUGACAUAAAAUUUGGCCAAUCAGCGUCCUCAAAUCCAAUCCGCUUGGGGCGAUUAUUUUAUCGCCCCAAGCGAGCCACUGCUAAGGUCAGAACGAGGCUGUAAGGCGCCAUUUUUACAACAUGACAAUGGCGAGCACGAUCACUGACGCUCUUCCAAGACCCAACCCUAACUCGGUUAAAUCUCUCGUUCAAGACCCAUUUGAGAGGAGAACUUUGGCGGAGAAGCUACGGGUGAAAGAGCUGGGCCCAGAACAACCUGACCUCUCAAUCCGACAGCAGGCCAGCGAAAAAGGGAAGCGGUAUAUGCGCGGCUUCUCCCGUAGCUGGUACAGCAGAAAGGCCUGGCUAGCCGGGUGCGGUCAUGCUAAUGCCUUAUUUUGCUUUCCGUGCUUGCUUUUUAAAACUACGGGGACAGAUCCAGCAUGGACCGUUACCGGAGUGAGGGAUAUGAAGCACCUGUCAGAGAAAGUCAGGAAACAUGAGAGCACCAGGACACACAUGGAUAACUCUGUCAAGCUAGCUGUGCUAGGGAGGGUGAACAUCGCUACGCAGCUGGACGACGGCCACCGGGUUGCUGUGAGGAAACACAACGAGGAGGUGGAUAAAAACAGGCACAUUUUAUCCAAGAUAAUCGAUUGUGUUAAGUUUUGCGGAGCUUUUGAGUUGGCGUUGCGUGGGCAUGAUGAGACUGACUCCUCGGACAACCCUGGCAUUUUCAGGGGAUUGGUGGAUUUUGUUGCCUCCCUGGACAGUGUGCUGGAGGAGCACCUGAAGGCAGCUACCGUUUUUAAAGGCACGUCGAAGACUAUUCAAAACGAGCUGUUGGACUGCAUGCUAUCAGUGCUAAAGGAGUACAUUCUGGAGGAAGUAAAGAGCGCUGAUUUUAUCGCCAUUCAAGCCGACGAGACAACUGACAUUUCCACCCACUGUCAGCUGGUGCUUGUGCUACGCUACCUCGAUGCAAACAGUAACAUCCAAGAGCGGUUUUUCGAGUUCAUCACCAUCCAGAACGCAACCGCCGACACCAUCGCUACAGCACUUCUGGAGAGGCUAAGCACCAUACUCCCAGAUGGACACAAGGCCAAACUAGUUGCCCAAGCUUACGACGGAGCUAGUGUGAUGAGGGGAGCCACCGGCGGAGUGCAGCGUAAGAUAACGGAUGUAUACGAAAAUGCUCACUACGUCCACUGCUAUGCGCAUCAGCUGAACCUCAUCAUGCAGCAGGCAACAUCACACAUCCCCAGAAUCGGCACUUUUUUUUCCGACCUUGCAGGAUUUUCUGCCUUCUUCUCCAGGUCACCCAAGCGAACCACCGUGCUUGACCAAGUGGUUGCGCAUAGACUUCCUAGAGCCUCUCCAACACGGUGGAACUUCCACAGUCGCGCUGUUAACACUGUGUACGAGCACAAGGAUGACCUCUUAAAGUGUUUCCAGACCAUCAGAGACUCUGGCAGCUUUGAUCCCUCAACUGUCAGAGAGGCUGGGGGCUUUGUGAGGAUGCUUGAAGACGAGGCUUUCUGUUUUUUCCUGGCAUUGUUCCACAAGAUCAUGCCAAAUGUGGACAUGCUCUUCAACCAGCUGCAGAAGAGGAACAUCGACCCUGUCUUCAUUAAAGCACUUGUCCAGAGGUUCACAGACAGCAUGCUAACGAUCAGGGCCUCCAUUUCCUCUCUGUGUGGGGACAGCGCAUCUGACGAGCAGCAGCAGCCCAUAAAGCGACGGAGGAUGCUGGGACCAGGAGAACAACAGAGGCUGGCUACAGAGAUAUGUGAUACCAUCCUGGUGCAUACCAAGGAGCGGUUCUCCUUCACCCAGCACCUCAUCAGCGCAACACUGUUGCACGGAGAGUUGUUCCCACAACACAGUGUGAAGUUCCCCGAUACAGCGCUUGAAACAACAGUGGAGGUGUACCCCAUGUUGAACAAGGCCAAGCUCAAAACAGAACUGUCCCUCAUCUAUGACAACAGUGAGUUCAAGGCUUGCAGUGGUGCAGUGCCUCUGUACCAGUUCUUCAUGGAGAACAACCUUCAGAGCACUUUCACAGAGACUGUCAGCCUCCUGAAGAUCCUCAUCACCACACCCAUGACAACAGCUGAAUCCGAGAGGUGCUUCUCUACUCUGAAGAGGAUCAAGACCUUCCUGAGAAACACCAUGACACAGGAUCGCCUGAAUGCUCUGGCUAUGCUCUCCAUGGAGAAGAAACUUGUUAGGGACAUUCCUGACUUUAAUAAUCGGGUCAUUGAGAAGUUUGCCACUCAGAAGGAGAGAAGGGCAAAAUUCCUGUAUAAAUAAGAUGAGACACACACACACCCUCACACACACACACACGCGCACACACACACACACACACACUGCAGCUCUGACCACGUUUCUUUGUAUAUAGUUGACCUUAGCAUAAGACAUCAGUCAGUAAUGUAUGACACUCUAUAAAUACCUAAUAUUUUGUCUUAAUAGUGUGUUAAUAUUAAUAAUUAAUGUAUAUGUUUCUAGAAUGUAAACACUAACCAGACUCAGUCUGUAAUCUACUGAUGCUUACUGUACCUUCUGAGCACAUUACAGCUACAACUAAUGAUAAUUUUCACUACCUAUUAAUCUGCUGAUUAUUUUCUUGAUUGUUUAGUAUAUAAAAUGUUUACUGUAAUUUCAUAGAGCCUAAAGUGACAAGUUCAAUUUCAAAUACAAAUGGAAAGCUUGUGUUGUUCAAUAUGUUGUUUAUGUUUUUGUGUUAGAAUGCCUCAACUUUUUAAUAUUGGCAUUAAAUAAUUACUGACUAUUUCACAGAGCACUGGUUUCCUGUAGUUUGUGUUCAAUUGUAUUGGGAUGGUUACUGAAACUGAA